AUAGGUUUGCAUUGGAGAGAAAUUGAGUUUUUAUGGAGGAAUUGCUAAGGAGUGGACCUGCAAGUACCAUUGUUAAGGGUAGGUGAUCGCUUUCAGUAUUGUGGCCCACUUCAAACUCCAUUACAAACUUACGUGCAAAUCGUGAGAUUGCGCUAUGAUCUAUGACACUGCCUUCUUAAAUUGUGGUGCCCAGAAUUGGUUACAGUACAGUGGUACCUCGAGUUAGAUACGCUUCAGGUUACAUACGCUUCAGGUUUCAGACUCCGCUAACCCAGAAAUAGUGCUUCAGGUUAAGAACUUUGCUUCAGAAUAAGAACAGAAAUUGUGCUCUGGCGGCGCGGCGACAGCAGGAGGCCCCAUUAGCUAAAGUGGUGCUUUAGGUUAAGAACAGUUUCAGGUUAAGAACGGACCUCCGGAACGAAUUAAGUACUUAACCCGAGGUACCACUGUAUUCCAGGAGCGGUCUGAUCAGGACACAAUAGACUGGUACUAUUAUUUCCCUUGAUCUGGACUCUAUACUUCUGUUGAUGCAGCCUAAAAUAGCAUAGCUAUUUGACAGAGCUUCCCUGCAUUGAUUAAGUUCUUGGAUCUGGUGGCUUUUGCAGGGCUUUCGAGCCCUUUGAAAAUUUGGGGAUCUGAUGCUGCCCAACUUGGGAUCCCUCUGUAAUCAUUUAGCUCCUCCCAACCCUGUAUCCUAAACAGUUAACGUACCUUCUAGGUUCCUGCCUGAACAUUUCCUCCCUUCCAUCCUCCUUAAUUGGCCAUGCUCCCUGCCAAGCCAUUGGCAGGAUUUCCCCCCCUUUAUUUCUUUUCUUUUUGCUGAGGGAGCCCAGAUUGCGGUCUGUCAUCUUGAUUGAUCCCCUCCUUCUCCAGCUCAGGUCAGUAUAUCAAGUGUUCACCAAGGGGGGGUUUCUGCAAGAAAUGGCCUAGUGACGCUGGCUGCCACUUCUGAAGAGCAAGAGGACCUGACGGAUCUCCAGAGGGGCGAAGAGAGAGGAGAAUAUACAUUCCUAGUCUUGUGUGUUGGGAGUUCUCUCCAGUAAAAACCUUCGGCAUGAUUGCUACCCAUCAGAACAUGACAACCGCUCUGAACAUGGGGUUCAGCAGCUCCCCGCCUCGCAACUGGAAGGGAAUUGGGAUCGCAAUGUUGGUAGUGGCGAUGCUGGCGUCGGUCAUCAUUGUGGCUAUCCUGAUGCUCACUCCAGAAGACCCCCCAAUUGGCUUCCGCACUCCUCUGACUCUUGAUGACCUGGAGAGUGAUGAUUUCCAACUCCACCAACCCCAGAUACAUUGGGUGACAGACGAUGAGUUGGUGGAGCUCAGCGAUACAGGGACCGUGAUGAAGUGGCACAUUGGCCAAAAGAACAGCACCCUCUUGGUGGAGGACAGAGAUUUGCAUUUCUUGAAAGCCUCCCACUUCCAAGUGUCACCGGAUUUGCAGUUCCUGCUUUUGGCUUGCGAUGUGCAGCAGGUUUUCCGCUACUCUUUCACAGCUCACUACUUGAUCUAUAACUUGGGCACCAGGGAGACCAGCAACCUCGAUGUGCCCAAGGCGGAUACUGUUCGUCUGCAAUAUGUAGCCUGGGGAUCCCAGGAUAACCAGCUAGUGUUUAUCCUGGAUAACGACAUUUAUUAUCAGCCUGGAGUCUCCAGCCGGGCCAAACGCAUCACCACAUCUGGACGCCAAGCAGUUGUCUUCAAUGGGAUUGCUGACUGGCUAUAUGAAGAGGAGAUCCUGCAGACUGCCAGCGCUCACUGGUGUUCACCUGAUAGCAUGUGGCUAGCCUAUCUUUCCAUCAACAAUUCCCUAGUGCCAAAGAUGGAACUGCCCCAGUUUCUUGGAGGAAAAUACCCUACCAGCCAACACUAUCCCUAUCCUAAGGCCGGACAGCCCAUCCCUUCUGUUCAACUCUUUGUGGUGAACCUAUCUGGAGCGCUUCACCUGCUGGAGCUCCUACCUCCGGAAUCCUUCCAGGGCAGGGAAUAUUACAUCACCAUGGUAAAAUGGGUGGGGCGCUCCCGGUUGGCUGUGCGAUGGUUAAAUAGGCCGCAGAACAUGUCUGUGCUGAGUCUGUGUGAAGCUGCCACAGGGACCUGCACUGAGAGGUACAAAGUGACUUCAGAUUUCUGGGUGGACAUGCAGCAAGGAAUGCCUAUCUUUUCUGAAGACGCCGAGACCCUUUUUCUGCCGGUGCCUGUGAAGCAAGGGCCUCGUGGAGAAUUCCACCACGUCACCAUGCUUUCCACGCAGCCCAGUCGCAAGGAGAGCAGCGUGCGCCUCCUGACCUCUGGGACCUGGGACGUCACCAGGAUCCUGGCCUAUGAUGAGAACAGCAAACGGCUAUAUUUUCUGAGUUCCGAAGACAGGCUCAGCUCCAAACAUUUAUACAGCGUUGAACUUGACAGCUCCUUCAACCGCACUUGUGUGACCUGCGGCCUGCAGCCCGGCUGCUCCUUUGUAGAUGUCCGUUUCAGCCCCAGGAUGGGGCAUUUUAUAUUGUUCUGCAAAGGGCCAGGAGUCCCUCAAGUCUCUGUUCAUCGCACAGCUAACCCCCGUGACUUCCUUCUCCUGGAAGAGAACCGCCUUUUGCAAGAUGCCCUUAUGCAUAAAGAGAUGCCGUUGGUGGAAUUCAGGUUGUUUCGACUUGCUAGCUACGACCUGUCUGUGCGUGUGACCCUGCCGCCACCACACCAGUGUGCCUUCUGUCCAUUGCUACUGCUGCUCCCAGAAUCCCCAGGAGGCCAGCUGGCCACUGAGGAAUUCCACCUUGAUUGGGACACCGUCCUGUCUAGCUCUUUGGGUGCUGUGGUGGUCCAAUUUGAUGCCCGGGGAUCUAGAAACCAAGGACUCAAGCUGCUGCAUGAGGUCAGCCGCCAGCUGGGCUCCUUAGAUGUCAAGGACCAUGUAGCUCUCAUGCGGUGGCUGCUGCAACUUCCCUAUGUGGAUCGCAGGCGCACAGCCGUCUAUGGGAAGGCCUAUGGAGGCUUUUUAGCACUGAAGCUCAUGGCAACAGCGGAAGACCUCUUUAAAUGCGGAACUAGUGUGGCACCCAUUACUAGCUUCCGUUUCCACGCUGCCACCUUCUCCGAACGCUACCUGGGGAUGCCAGCCCGGGAGGAUGCUGCCUACAUGAUGGCCUCUGUGUUGGAGGAAGUGCUCCACCUCAAGGACAGAAAUGUCCUCCUUGCCCACGGAACUGGAGAUGCCACAGUGCAUUUCCAGCAUACAGCUGAACUUCUUAUCCGGCUUCUAGCUGCUGAUUCUAACUACACUACCCAGGUAGGAUGGAUUAGGAAAGAGGGACCAGGUUUCUGGCAGUGAGGAACUGCUCUUUGUGCCCCACCAGACUGGUGUGGGUUUUUCUUUUUUUGCAAGUGUAUUCUGCAAUUAUGCCGAAGUGGAGGUGAUUUUAUGCUGAACCCUCCAUGCAUCAUUCUGCCUUAUUAAGAUGUUUUGUGACGUUUCUACAACAUUGCUUCAUUAUCGCUGUGUGGAGGGGCACUCCUGCACUGUGAUGCAAUGAAAGCAGGG